CGUUCCUUCACCUUCAUCUUCAGAACCCUUCCACACAACUGACACCGGCAUCAACCAGAAGUCAUGCCUGCCUCACUGUACAAUUAAUCUACCAGUAUCAUCUUACAUCGCCAAAGGACACACAGCGAGAAAGGGUAGACCCCCAAUGGCCAGCCACGGUGUCUCGCGUUCAGCAGCCCGCGAAGAGAAAACAGCAGAGGCACGACAACGAGAACUGCGCGAGAUAUCCGAAUAUCAGCAUCUUGUAGAAGAAGUCAACACCAAGAUCCAAGCAAAAGAAUUUACGCCCGAACUCCUCCAACAAACAGCAUCUCUCCUAAAACGCAACCCGGAAUACUACACGAUAUGGAACCACCGCCGACGAAUCUACAUGCACGAAUUCCAAUCCCUGGACACUCAAGUGUCCUCAGGCCAGCUUGACCCAGCCAGCCGAAUCAGCCAAAUAUUGGACAUCAUCCAACUCGACCUUCAAUUCUUGUUUCCGCUACUUCUCAAAUUCCCCAAAUGCUACUGGAUCUGGAACCACCGCCUAUGGCUUCUUCAACAAGCCACAUUACUCCUCCCACCAACCAAAGCCCGACCUCUCUGGGAGGAAGAAUUAAAUCUAGUCGGCAAGAUGCUGAGCCGAGACAGCCGCAAUUUCCACGGCUGGGGGUAUCGACGGAUCGUCGUCCAAAGCCUCGAAAGCCCAACCUUAAACGGCCAAAGCAUGUCCAGAGACGAACUGGAGUACACCAAAAAAAUGAUCGGCCUCAAUCUGUCCAACUUUUCCGCCUGGCAUAAUCGCACAAAACUAAUUCUCAAAAUUCUGGACGAAGAAAAUGCCACGGAUGAAGAACGGCAAAAAAUGCUGGAUGAGGAACUCGAUUUGAUUCAUCAGGCAUUGUUCGAUCCGUACGAUCAGUCACUGUGGUUCUACCACCAGAACCUGAUGUGUACUUUUGACCUUGACCUGGCGCCCAAGGGCAUGGCUCCUAACCUGUCCAACAGACAAAGACUUGACUACAUUGCUGCUGAAAAACAAUAUAUCGAGGAGGUCCUGGAAGAUGCUAGCGACUGUAAAUGGGCCUAUCAGGCAUUGAUUGAAUGUACGUUACUCGAAGCGAAGCUGCACAAUGGACAACUAAACGAAGAUGAUCGGACCAAAGUGUUGGGAUGGCUGGAUGAGCUCAAGAAACUCGACCCCUUGAGAAAAGGCAGGUGGUUGGACAUGGAGCAGUCUUUCACCGCGCAUUCGAGCUGAAUGCGAGGUCCACUCGCUAGAAAUGGGUUCGUAAUAUGUCCUCUUUGUACAAUAGUAUAACAGAACGUUUAUGUUUAUGUCUUGAUCCGCGUGAUAAACGGAUGCUUGAGCGCAUCGUUCGGCGUAAUCCUCUUCUCUGGUCGCAAGUCCAGGCACUUCUCCAACAGAUCAACAAACGAUUCCAGCUCUUUCCUCUCUUGUUCAU